AUGACCGAGGAACGAUCGUCAUUAAAAUCUAAGGCCCCGGAAUUUGUGGAAGUGGAGUCAAAUUCUUCCGGCUCCUUGGAAGGGUAUCGUAGGAAUGAUAGCGGAGAUGCCUUCGUCGAAAAUGGACUCAAAGCAGGAAUCAAGAACCGUAUGAUCAAUUUAAUAGCGUUAUGCGGUAUUAUUGGUCCAGGCUGCUUAAUCGGUAUGGGGGGAGCCUUGGCUAAAGGUGGUCCUGUUGGCCUCCUUGUUGGAUUCACCAUUAUUGGUGUAUUAGUUCUAGUUAUGAUGGCAGAUAUAGGUGAAAUGAACACUGUCCUCGAUGCCAAUUUUGGUGUCUUAGGAUCCAGAUUCAUUUCCAAAGGAUUUGGUGCCACAGUAUCUCUUUUCUACGUUAUUGUUUGGGUUACCGUUCUCAUUGCUGAGUAUACAAAUUUGGCCGGUUCAAUGGAGGCCUAUACGGAUAAGGUUCCUCUCUGGGCAUGGGUUAUAGUUUUUUGGGCUUUCUUUUCUGUUUUAUCAUCUUUAAGUUGCGACUGGUACGGAUGGAUAGAGUACGUCCUAGGUAUUCUCAAGCUUACUUUUCUUGGUGGCUAUUAUAUCUUUGCAAUUGUAUAUGCUGCCGGUGGUAUUAAGGGCCAUAAUCCAGGAAAUCCUUUUGGUAAUUAUCCCUUAAAGGACGGCUUCAAAGGAAUUGCUAGUUCGUUUGUGUAUGCUGCUACUUUCUAUUCUGGUGUGGAAUCCAUUUCCAUCAUCGCUGCAGAGGCUAGAAAUCCUAGAAAGGCCAUCCCAACUGCCGUGAGGAACACCGUGAUCCGUAUUUUCUUCGUCUACUAUGGGUUAUCCAUCGCCUAUGGAAUUACUGUGCCUUACAACGAUCCAUAUUUAACCAACGACUCCAAAGUUAUGAAAGCGCCAAUGACUAUUGCCUUAACAGAAGCCGGUUGGGCAAACUCAAAGUACUUCAUUGCAUCGAUGAUCUUGAUGACUUGCAUUUCUUCCAUAAAUUCUGCAAUCUAUAUUGCGAGCCGUGCUUUGUUCACUUGGUCCCAUCAAGGCUAUGGACCGAGAAUCUUUUCUAAAAUCAACAAGAGGGGUGUCCCUUACAUCGCUGUCCAUAGCGUUCAUGUAUUUUGCUUUUUGUCCAUAAUGAGUUGGAAGGCAGGUUCAUCUGUCGCUUACUCAUACAUUGUUAACAUCUCUGGUGUUGCCGCUUUUAUUGUUUGGACCAGUAUUGUCAUUAUUCAUAUUCGAUUCAGAAAGGGAUGGGUUCAUCAGGGCUAUAGCCUUACGGGUCUACCCUUCAAAGUGCCAUUCUUUCCUUAUUUAAACUAUAUUGCCAUUUUCCUCGGUGUUUUGUUGACCUUGGUUCAAGGCUGGACUGUUUUUGUGCCUUUCCAAGUGGGUCCAUUCAUUGAUGCAUAUAUCUUACUUCCGCUUUUCUUUAUUGUCUGGCCAUGUUACGACUGGUAUUUCAAGACAAGAAUUGUGAAGUAUGAUGACAUGGACUUUGAAUCUGGACGCAGACCUGAUUUGGAUGAUAAUGUCAAUGUUGAAACAAGGAAAUUGGAUUCCGAGAAGGUGCUCACUUGA